GGAAGGGGGGUCGGUGGGAGGGGCGCUGGUCUCGGGCCUAGGGGUCCGGAGCGGCUGAGGGGCGGGGAGCACGGCAGUAGGGAAGGCUGCGGUCUGGCCGUGGGUCUGGGGCCUGUGACUCACCGCCACUUUCCUGCCCGCGGGCCCUCCGCUGGAAAGGCGGCGGGGGCGGGGGGAGCGGUGUCUGGGCCCGGAACCGAGUGUGUGGGGCUCGGGCGCCAAGCCGGAAAGCGACGCAGAGCCGGACGCUGAGAGGUUCGGUUCCUGCCCAGUCCCGCUGUGGAGGUGCAGGGCGUACCCAGCCGCCCGCCUUCGCCACUGGGGCUCCGAUGUCCAGUUCGGCUCAGCGCAGAGGAGAUGAUUCAGUGAGGCAUAGCAUUGUUGUCUCCUACGGUUUGCUGUCUGCUUCCGGGUCUCGCUAUGUAGUUCAGCUGGCCUCGAACUCGAUGCUCCUGCCUCAGCCUCCUUGGUGCUGAGAUUCCAAGGGUGUGCCACCACAGCAGGUAGAAUUACACCCUUGAAAAGAGACUAAAGUAAAACAGGGGCACUGUAGAAGUGCGACAAUGGCCCAAGGAACAGCUCGGGGAUACUUUUGUGUUAAGUGGUUCAAGAUAUGAUUUGAAAACUUAUGUGUUCAGUUUCAUACUUGGACAGACGGAUGCGAGAGGCUGAACAAACUCAAUCCCCGUGUGAGCAUGCCUUUGUAAAAGCAAAAAAAAGAAGCUAUAUCAGAGAAGAAGAUCUGAAGUCUUCAAGCAUUGUAAAUAAGAGUGGUACAAAAAUCCCUGGAGCUGACUCAGUGAGAAUUGAUACAUUUCCAGAAGCUUAAUUGCGGACCACAAGGAUGCAGGCUUUUGGCAUACAUUGCCAUAUUGCCCUCCAGAAGCAUUUCACUAGUUUAAAUUCUUACCAGUAAAAGAUGAGAAGAUACAGAGACAAGUGAUUGUGCAAACAGACUGGCGUAAAAUAGAUAAUACAGUUGUCACUUGUGUGUUUUGAAGAAAUCCUUUCCUUUGUUACGUUCUCUGCUUCCAGUUUGAGCUUCUAUUUUGGUUUUGGGAAUUGAGUUCACAGUUACGGAAGCAGGACCAAGCCCUACUGAUAUCAUCUAGGAGUAAAGAAAACAGAAAUUAUGAGUGGAAGAUCUCAAGUCCACAUUUUUUGGGGUGCUCCAGUUGGUCCCUUGAAAAUGACAGUAUCUCAGGGAACAGCUUCUUUAAUGUCCACAGCUGAUCCUUGGGAGGAAAUCCAGCUGUUGUACCAUCAAUGUGCUUUACAUGUGCAGGAAGACAGCUGCACUCCUGGGAAUCUGAAAGACUGCAGAGUCCUGGAAGGGGUGGGCACUCUAGAUCUUGUGAGCUCUGUUCAGAGGAGACAUGGUUUUCUGCACUCUACUUCUGAAACACAAGAUAGAAAACCCCAGAAGAUUUUUUCCUCAGGCCUGAGUGCUGUGCCCUCCUCUAGUGCACAGAUUAGAGGAUUAAAGGACAGAGCCCAGAAUUUACCUAAAGAAGGAAGACAGCAGAAGCUUCAGUGUGAAAGUAAAAUCACAGGUGAACAGCCUGAAAAUCAGUCAAAUACAUGUCAAAACUUUCAGACAGAGUCCUUUCAUUUAGGCCACAAAUGUGCAGCUAUGGUGGAUUUGGUCUCUAGCACUGAACACAUCAAUACAGGACCUGAAGUUGUAGAGACCAAAUGUGUGCCAACAGAAUAUCAGGAAAUACAGAGCCAACAUCUGGAAUUACUCUCCUCUAUUGCAGUGGAUGAGCCAGGGCCUGCAGGAGCAGCGAGGAAGGGCUCCAGUCCUAACAUCUCUGUGACCAGUGAAUUUCUCAGCAUCAUGACCUGCAGCCAGGUUGCUUUCUUAGCUCAAAGGAAGGCGAAAAGGCAGAAGUCCAGAAGUACAGGAACUGUAAACAUGGAGACUGAACCAAAGGCAGGGCCUGGGGAAGUAAGAAUGACUGAAGAUAAUGUGAUUCAGCCUAAAGAAGAUUUUGUGGGAGGACAUGAAAGUAGACAAGACCAAGCACAUUCCCUAGAACUUUUUAGUCCUGUCCACCCUGAAACAGAAAGUAGCCACAUUCACAUAGACCCUGGAAAAGUUCUGGAAGGAAAUGCAGGAUCUCAAGAACUGUUCAGUUGCGAAGAUGAACUGGCACCAAGUGAGAUACAUAUUGAGUUGUGUAGCUCAGGAAUACUGUGCUCCCAACUAAAUACCUUCCACGGAACUCCUGUCGGAAGAAGUCAGCCCUCCAAAGAUAACUUGGGCCAUUCUAAAGCUCUAUCUGAAGUUCCCCCAGAGUCUAAGAAGAUGAAAUUGUGUUCUAAUGCAAGAGAUUAUGCCAGAGCAAGGUACCAGAGGGUUGUGUCUGAAUUUAAGGGUGUUAAAAAGCUAUCACUAAUAAAAAAUUGUGAUUCUAAAAGCCAGAAGUAUAAUUGUUUAGUUAUGGUGCUAAUUCCAUGUCAUGUAAAAGAAGUAAACAUAAAAUCUGGACCAAAUUCUGGCUCUGUGGUGCCUUUAGCAACAAUUACAGUCAUCGAUCAAUCGGAAAUAAAGAAGAAGGUGGUUCUGUGGAGGACCAAGGCAUUCUGGGCACUUACUGUGUUUCUUGGAGAUAUAAUUUUACUCACAGAUGUCACUGUUCAUGAGGAUCAAUGGGCUGGAGAGACAGUACUUCAAUCAACAUUUACCAGUCAGUUAUUAAAUCUUGGGAGUUAUUCUUCUGUCCUGCCUGAAGAAUAUUCUAGUAUAGUUAGCACUGUUGUGCUUCACGACCUAUUGGCAUAUGUGUCUUCAAAACAUUCCUAUCUCAAAGGCCUUCCACAGAGGCGGCCUCAGAGAGCGAGCAAGGUAGAGUUUAUAGAACUGGAGCACCUGCAGCCUGAUAUGUUAGUCCAUGCUGUGCUGAGAGUUGUGGAUGUCAUUGUACUGACAGAGGCAUUGUACAAUUACAGAGGACAGAAGCAAAGGAAAGUUAUGUUAAUAGUGGAACAGACCCAAGGUCAACAUUAUAUGCUUGUGUUAUGGGGUCUUGGAGCAGCCUGGUACCCUCAGCUUCAAAGGAAAAAAGGUUAUAUUUGGGAAUUUAAAUAUCUUUAUGUUCAGCGCAAUUGCAUACUGGAGAGCUUGGAAUUGCAUACAACACCCUGGUCAUCCUCUGAGUGCCUAUUUGAUGAUGAUGUUAGGGCAAUUGCAUUUAAAUCAAAAUUUGAAGAAAGUACACCCUCCUUUGUCAAAAUGUCAGACUUAGCAACCCACUUAAAGGAUAAGUAUUCAGGAGUGGUUCUGAUUAAAGCGCAGAUCGUGGAGCUGGUGUUUCCUGUCAGAGCGGCUCAGGAGGUCCGUCUGAAUGCCCACAGCUCCCUGGAGCAUAUCCUGUCCUCGCUCCCCAGUAUUACUUACACUGGCUGUGCAGGGUGUGGAUCGGAACUGGACACGGAUGAGAACAAGAUCUACAGGCAGUGUCUUGGCUGCUUGCCGCUUUCUGGGAAGAAAAUGUACUACAGACCAGCUUUAAUGACCAUAGCUGAUGGAAGCCAUGUGGUUUGCGUUCAUGUAGGCUCCAAGCUCGUAGAGAAGAUUCUCCUCCACAUUUCUCCAGACUGCCUGGACAGAGUGAUAGUGCCGUCCUCGGAGGUCACCUACGGGAUGGUGGCUGCAGACCUGCUCCACUCCCUGCUGGCGGAUGGUACUGAGCCCCGAGUGCUGAAGAUUGGGAGUCUUUUUGUGUUGGAUGAGAACAGCUACCCUCUGCAGCAGGAUUUCUCCCUUCUGGACUUUUGCCCGGUGGGGCCCUGCCCUGAGGCCUCUUCCCGAAGAGGAGAUGCUGACUGAGCCCACUUGCAUUUUGAAGUAAACGAGGGAGGGGAAUUUGCUUUGAGUUUACUAAAUAAAUGUAUUUUACAAUAAAACUGUGCUAAAUAUAAAUUAAAACUAUUUUUCUAAGAAAA